AUGCUUGGAGCAAAAUCCACAACACGCGUCAUGCGCUUUAAUGCGCCCAGGGCAUUUUCUACAACCCCUCGAUUCCAUUCCACAGCAAGCCUUCAGAUCAAUGGAGACCGUCUUUGGAAGACAUUGCACCAGACAUGUGAAUGGGGUGCCGCUCAUCAAUAUGGAGAUGCCCCAACCGAGACGGGAAUGGCACGUCUGAGUCUUACCGAUGCAGAUGCCAAAGUACGAAAGUGGUUCGCGGAGGAGGUACAAAAACUGGGAUGUGCUCUUUCUAUUGACCAGAUGGGAAACAUGUUUGCCCGACAGUCCGGGUCGAAGAAGUCGUCUGCACCUAUGAUCGCCAUGGGUAGCCACCUCGAUACUCAGCCUCGGGGCGGUCGCUAUGAUGGCAUCUUGGGUGUGAUCGCCGCGCUGGAAGUAUUGCGGACUAUGAAGGAAAACAAUUUCAAGACGAAUUAUGAUGUUGGCAUUGUGAAUUGGACUAACGAGGAGGGAGCCCGAUUCCCGAAAUCCAUGUGCUCUUCUGGAGUCUGGGCCGGCGCGAUUCCAAUUCAGAAAGCGUGGGAUCUACGUGACAUUCAUGAUCCGAACGUGACCCUUCGUUCUGAGCUGGAGCGACAUGGCUAUCUUGGCGACAUUGCAUGCUCAAGUGAUCCCGCUACCGGUUUCACAUUGGGGGCUCAUUUCGAGCUACACAUCGAGCAAGGACCUAUUCUCCAGGAGACUGGCCGUUCGAUUGGCAUUGUGCAGGGUGCUCAAGGCUACAGAUGGCUCACAGUCACUGUUAAGGGCAAAGAUGCUCAUACCGGAACGACACCCCUCAGUGCUCGUCACGACGCCAUGCUUGCGGCUUCGAAGAUGAUCGUUGCCUCGAAUGCAAUCGCUAAGCGGCACGAUGCGCUGGCUUCUACGGGUAUCAUCAGGGUGCCAUCGAAUGCCUCUACCAAUACCCUUCCAUCUGAUGUGACUUUCACUUUGGACAUUCGACACCCUGAGGACAGGGCUGUGCAUGCUGUGCAGGAAGAAUUCCUAAAAGCCUUUGCCACUAUCUCCUCGGAGGAUGGCAGGGGUGUAUCUUUCGACUGGACCCUAGAUACCGACUCGCCUGCAGUUAAGUUCGAUCAAGGAUGUGUCGAGUCGAUCAAGGCAGUAGCGGAUCAUAUUGUUGGACCCGGAAAGUCAAUGUACAUGACCAGUGGUGCUGGUCACGACACUGUGUAUACCAGCAAGCACUGCCCGUCGGCCAUGAUUUUUGUGCCUUGUCGGGACGGCGUGAGCCAUCACCCGACCGAGUAUUGUACUCCAGAGGACUGCGCUCUUGGAACUCAAGCUCUGCUGGAGGCUGUCGUGCACUAUGAUCAGACCCGUGCCAAGACUGCGAACGGCAUCUAA